AUGCCUGACUACGUUCCCGGAUCUCUGGUACAAACCCUUUUGGGAAGUAAGUCAGCGGCUGUUAACAGUGAACUCGAUGCCUUAUUUAAGAAUAGUGCCGGUCCUACUAAGCUUCCGUCCUUGGAGUUUAAGAAAACUUACGUGCAUACCACUGGAAGCACAACCUCAACCUCAACCUUAACCUCAAGACCUAGUGAUAAUGAUAAGAAACAUGUAAACCGAAGUGAAAAAAAGGCGAGAUUCAAUGAAGAAAUCACAAAAAGCAGGAAACAACGAAAAUCACUAGAAGAGGAAUAUGAGGAAAAAUUGCUUAAAACAGAGAAAAAGACUGUGGAAAAGCCAGAAGAAAUACAAGUCGCACAUGAGGACAGCUCUUUGGCUAAACCUACCGAUUUCUAUACAAAAAAACGUAAAAGUUCGCAACCGAGCAAGAAAGAUAAAGCUCAAAAGAAGACCAGACUUUCAGAGGGCACGGAAAACAUUGAGAGUAAGAAAGAUUCAAACGAUGAUAAUAACGAGCGACGGCAGCAGCAGCAAUCAGAGGAAGCCGAUUACAAGGAACUAAAACGCAAAUUCUCCGAAUUUGGAACCAUCGAAAGCAUCCGAUUCCGCUCAAUAGCAUUCUCCGAACCGCUUCCACGCAAAAUAGCGUUCAUAAGAGGCAAGUUACACGCUGAACGCGACAUUCUCAAUGCAUAUAUUGUAUAUACAUGUAAAGAAGCCGUCACAAAAGCACUACCAAUGAAUGCUCAAAUCUUUCUUGGGAAGCAUUUAUGUGUAGAUUCUGUAGCUAGCCCAAGGAAACACGAUCGCAAACGAUCUGUGUUCCUUGGCAGUCUGGCAUUUGACGCACAAGAAGAACAGCUCUGGGAACACUUUAGUGGCUGUGGUGAAAUAGAAAGCGUGAGAAUAGUGCGAGAUCGGAAGACCAAUCUCGGGAAAGGUUUCGCCUAUGUACAAUUUAAGGAUCGUGCAUCUGUGAAUCUUGCGUUGAUGCUUCACGACAGUGGACUUGGUAACAGAAAGAUACGUGUUACUAAAUGCGUAGACUCUAACAUGCGUGACGAUAAUACUGCUAGAAAGAGCAAAAAAAUUAUGGAAGGAACACGCGCUGUCAAGCCGAAAAAGGCGCCUAGAAUUAGGACAAGAACGCAAUCAUGGAAGGCAACACACAAGAGUGUUAGGCAAAAGAAAACUGGUCCAGGUAAUAAAGUAGGCUCCAAAAAGAAUAAGAAGUUUACGUAA